AUGCGAUUGCGGCCGAGUGUGAUAUCUCCCACGAAGAGGCCUCGAAGCAGAUUUGGUACGAAUCCAAGGAAACUGUCCAACGCAAACUCUUUAUGCUAACGAAAGUUUUACGCAGGUUGAUCGACAAGCCAGGCCUCCUCACGACUGAGACGGAGCUCUCCGACGCGCAGAGAGGCUUCGCUAAGGACGCUUCCUCCUGGAACGACCGGGGCAGGGACCUCCUCUCCGUCGUGAAAGCCGUCCGGCCCAACGUGCUCAUCGGGACGUCGACCGUCCCCGGCGCGUUCACGGAAGAGAUUGUAAAGGCCAUGCACGAGCACGCGCCCCGGCUAAUCAUCCUGCCCCUCUCCAACCCAACGCGCCUGCACGAAGCCACGCCCGCCGACCUGCUGAAGUGGACGGAUGGCAAGGCCCUCGUGGCCACCGGCUCGCCGUUCGAUCCUGUCUCAGGCCCGUGGGGUGCAAACGGCGAGGAUGUCUCAAUCGACAUUGCCGAGUGUAACAACUCUGUCGUGUUUCCCGGGAUCGGCCUGGGCUGUGUGCUGUCCCGCGCGAGGCUCCUCACCGAUCGGAUGCUCGUGGCCGCGGUCGAGGCUGUGUCGUCGAUGAGCCCUGCGCUCCAGGACCCAACCGCCCCUCUCCUCCCGGGGGUGUUGUCUGUCAAGGAGAUCAGCGUCCGGGUGGCGAGGAGCGUGAUCAAGGAGGCUGUGGACGAUGA